AUGGACCCAUCACCGCAGGGGGGCUCGAGCAGUGUCACCGUCGAGUAUACCGAUCCCUCUGGCCUGUUUCCAGCCCUUCAGCCCGUUCUCGCCGAUAAACUCCCACUGCGAAAUCUCCACUGGAAAUCACCCACUCGCCCUGUGCGAUCCAUCGAGUCCCUCCGGAUCGGCUUCGUACCGGCCCAGCAUGAAGGGGACGAGCAGAAAGCCUCCACCGACACGACCGGAACCACAGUGACACAUCGCCGACAUCAGAUCCCUGGCCUGCGGCAAACGCCGUACUUGAAGAUCUUCCUCCUCCGAUGCGACGAUAAUGAUACCUACAAAGCUACGGCGCGGAGGGCAUUGCGGGAUUGGCUCAAGUCUCACGCCUCCACCUCUCUGUCCAACACCACCACGACUGGCCAGGAGAAACACGAUGCCUUCGAUUGGCUGAUUCUACACGUCGUGCCGGAUGGAGAGGGCGCCGAGAAAGCUGCGCCGGCCUCCAAAUGGGGCCGCACUACUACAACGGUCCUGGAGAAGGUCCGGGCUGACUUCAACGGCGCAUCCAAGUCCGCCGUCGACCGCGUGGCCCAGAUUCGUCUUCCUAAAGCAGGCAGCGCGGCUAAGUCGCCAGAGUUGACCGAUCAGGUUGAGGAUUUUGUGGAGAAGAUGAAGAAUGCGAUUCUGUCGGCUUUUGAUCUCCGCGUGGCGCAGUAUGAGGAGGAUAUCAAGGAGAAGGACUCGCAGCGCAGCUUGCCCGGGUGGAACUUUUGCACUUUCUUCAUACUGAAAGAGGGACUCGCUAGGGGCUUUGAGAAUGUCGGGCUAUUCGAGGAUGCCUUGCUAGGGUACGAUGAACUCGCCGUUGGCUUGGACACGGCGAUCCAUGAGCAGCUAGAAGGCACCGGAGAUCAGCAUGGUGGUGCCUUCCUUACCCACAGCAAAGAAUGGCAGGAGUCAGCGAUCAAAGCUCUGGAGUCGGACGGUGGUACUGCACCCAAGGAUGAAGACGAUGCAGAACCAGAACCUGUUCCCAGCAUCGACACGGGCGAUUUUCCUAUUGAUUCGAACAAGAAGUCGUAUCGCGAGAUGAUCUUGGCUAGCAACAUCUCCAUCUUUGACUUCCGCACGUAUGUAUUCUCUCGACAAGUCACCCUACUUCUCCGGGCAGCCAGGGCUCCGUCUCUGGCCAUUCAAGAAGCGGAUGGAAUCAAGAAGCCAACCAAACGAGCCACGAAGGCCGAAAACCUGAUGCUGCUUUCUCAGGUCUGCGAUAGAGCAAAUGAGUUCAUUAGUCUUGCAGCACGAACCCUUCGAGCCGAUCUGCAAACGGGCUUGUCUGAGAUUGACAGUGCUGCCAAACAAGAAGUGAUUGACAAUUUGGUGUCGUCGUGGGUUUAUGCUGCUGCUUCUCAGAUCCUCUCUCAGACCUUCAGUCCAGCAUUGACUCUUCCGGAGACAACUUGCCAACCGAACAAGGCAUCGGGGUCUUCCACGUCUGCGGAAAGUGCAGGGGAUCACCCCAAGCGCAUUAGCUCGCUUCCCAACUCUUCCUCUGCUCGUUCUUCACGCCCCGGGACAUCGGAAGUUUUAUCAUCUGAGAGCCUCUCGAUUAAUACCCGAACUGGUUUCGAGAUUCCAAAACCCACCCCCAAAACCGGUUCCGAGCAGUUGGCUUCCGGGAGAGCGGAGUUAUAUCUCAUGGCUCGAAGAGCUUUGGAAGAAGUCUCUGGCAGAUACGGUUGGAAAGAGAAAUGGAAUGAAGAGCGGUUGCUGUUCGACGACGAAAAUAAUGCGGAGAGCGAUAUGGCUGAGGUUAGUCUGGAUGAUGAACCACAGAAAAUUACGGAAGAGGUGCCAGAGGCAAGGUAUCUCUGUGGUAUUUCUCUUCCGGAAUUGAGAGUCGCUCUUCGCUCCAGGAAAACUUUCCGAAUGCAUUUCGAAGACCUGACAGACCAAAUGUACCGACAUCAUAUCGCUGCGAAUCGCACCAACUCGGCGCACGCCGCACUUGCCGAUAUGGCCCUCCUACGGUAUCGGCAGAGUGACUUUGGGGCGGCUGCCUCGUACUUCCAUCAAUUGACGCCUUUCUAUGGCAACAAACAUUGGGCUGUCCUGGAAGGCGUGUCGUUGGAAAUGUAUGCGCGCUGCCUGAAAGAGCUUGAUCGCAGCGAGGAAUAUGUCCGGACAAUUCUGCGCCUCCUUGCUAAAUUUGCCGCUUGGACGGAGUCAAACUUGUCCAGCCGGCAGAAGACUCUGGACGCCUCACACAUCUUCUCCGAGAAUGCAUUGGUCUCCGAGUACGUUGAUGAACUUUUCAAGGCUUCGGGAGCUUUGAAUAAAGAAGUAUACGCACCGAUGACCGAUUUCUUUGGGGACCUCAAAGUGAAGCCGGCCAUCAUCCAUUAUGAGGACAAGGAUGGAUUCCAACUACAGCUUGCAUUGAGGUUUCUUCUCGGAAAACGAAUCGAAAUCAAUUCGCUCAAGCUGCGGUUAGUCAGUGCACAUAAUCCUCAGAACAACGAGCACUGGUUAGAGAUGCCAACGGGGAUGACCAUCAAGUCGUCGUCUACCAAGGUGCUGGUUGAUUCAUCAGUUUCGCUACAAGGGAAAUACUUUGUCGACCGUAUCGAGAUACGCGUGAGGAAUCUCAUUUUCACCUUAGCGAGUGGGAAAAAUGCAUCCCUACCCGUGGGGUUCAGAGAAGCACUCGAGACAGAAGAGGAAGACAGCCGUCCAUACAUCUAUUGCUUUUCGCCCCCUAAUGGCCUGCAGGCCAAGAUAGUCUCCCCGCAUCUUGUCAACUUGCAAGAAAUGCGGACGCUGGAGCUGGAACUCGACAGCGGAUGGAACGACAUCAAAUCGGGCACUUUGCGUGUGAGGCCGGCCACUGCUGGUCUGCGACUCAGGAUCACAGAAGCAGAGUUGGUAGAAGGCGAGAUCCAGAUUACUGCGAACAGCGAUUCGGGUAACAUCGAGUUCACUGAAUUGAAACCUAGAUCGUUUGUUCGGCUCCGGAUCCCGUACUCAGUGGAGGAGCAUCAUCCAGUGCUUUCCGCAAGGGCAGAGGUGGUUUACGAGACAGGCAGUGGAUCCUUUUCCUACUCUUCCCUUCACAGCAUUAAUUCAGGCCUGCCGAUCAGUGUCAACGUGCAAGAUGUUUUCAAGGAUAGCGUGCUAUUUUCUCGGUUCACAAUCAGUCCAGCGUUGAUGAUUCCUCUGCGGAUUCUGAGAUGCAGCAUUCCAAGCUCAGAUGCUUACGAGGUACAAUCAAGUAUUGGUGACUCCGUGGCGCUCGAUGUCUUUCCCAAACAGCCCGCGUCCUUGAUCUACAAGAUCCGGCCACAGCAGGAGAAUGUGUCCUCUCCCGAGUCCAGGCGCUCGCUUCGAUUGAGUGUUGAUUUCACGUGCGUGGACGAUGAAUGCUUGAAUGCCGUCGAGAAGACGUUCCACGCCAGCGUUACGGCCAGCGAAUUCCAGCCAUACAGCACGUUACUUACAUCGCAUAUUGUUGACACUUUCCGCACCCAACUGACGACCUCGGACAUGGAGGUCAUUGGAUUGUUGCGGGAGGUGGAAACGCUGGGGUAUGCAGAUGCGCGAUGGGAAGGGUUACUGGGCGCCUUGAAGGAGCCAAUGGACGGGCUCAGGACUUGGCUCAAGGAGUGGCACAAGAACCACCCGGUGAUUCGUCUCCCCACAUCGCCUCCUGUGCUCAAAAGACACAUAAUCAUCCCCGUGGAUAUCCCCCACAUUCAAGUUGUCCACACGGCCGAGCUUCGCCUUACCAAUCUAACGGACCAACCUCGACACGCCGCAGUCGGCCAGAUGAUCGCCGCCGAACUCAGCAUCCAUCACACUCGACGCUGGUGCUCACCCGAUCAGCGUGAGCAGGCAGACGGACCGCUCGAAUUCACGUAUGAGCUGCACGCCAACCCAGACUCGUGGCUAGUUGGCGGCCGACGUCGCGGGAAUUUUACCGCCAAUGAGGGGGAGACUAAGACGUUUGCGAUCAUGCUCCUUCCCCAGAAGGCCGGCCACCUGCUUCUCCCCGGGCUAGAGAUUAGAAGCUUUGUACCACCCUCGGCCUCAUCGCCGGCAGCCCCGCCGCCACCCACCACGCCUUCUAAGCCACAGCCUUCGCCUGGAGGGGCAGCAGCAGAUCCCGCGACGGCCACGAACCCGCUACAACGACGACCCAUCCCGUGCGAGGUGGACUACCGUAACCACGGGGAGACGGUACUGGUACUACCCGAUUUACGAACGACGACCGUGAGUCUGUCCCUGUCAGGCGGUAGCCAUGGUGGGGCAUGGUUGAUCGAUUCCGAACGGUUACAUCAACCUGUGAAAGGUACAUAGAUCUGGAAGUGAUUCUGGAUGUGACUUGUUCUGUACUUCGUCUGUACAUGCGUCUUAACCACAUAACCAGCCCGUUUAGACUUUAGAAAAUAUAUCAGUGCAUAGGCAUGGGCACAUG